AUGGAUUGCCCUCUUGAUAUGACUUCUCUGCCGGUGCUGUUGACGAAGUGCAGCCACAAGAGAAAGCGGCUGAAGACACUCAAGAGGAAGUGCAUCAAGCUUCAAAGUGCAAAGAGUGUGCUGAAGGAAGAGAGAGAGGCAUUGAGACAACGUCUAGCGAAAGCCGAACAAACUGUAAAGACUACAAACAUUAAGCUUCUUUUGGUUACGCUGUGCGCCCCUGCUCAGCACGUGUCAUUCGCACUGAAGAAUGAUGUCAGCAGCCUGGAUCUACCGGCAGUGAACUUCGACUGGCCAUUUGCUGGGACGCACCACGUGACAUCAACGACAUUCGACUUCUUGAAGACAACGCCGCCUGCUGAAGCGUAUAAAAACGACCGCAUCAACGAUUUCUUCAGAGGGCACGGCGGGACCGAGAUGGCUAUAUCGCUAAACCCCUCUGUAUUCUUCACUCAGAACGAACUGAAAUCGAAAAUUGAGAACUUAGCUGCUUCUCAGGACAAGCUUGAAUCUACAGUUAACACUCGAAUGAAUGAAGUAAUGGCAGCAAUAAAAGAACAUAAAGUAGAGAUACAGGCAUUACAGGCCGAAGCUACAUCGUUCAAAAGUAAUCUUCAAUUGCAUCAAAAACGCCUCGACGACUUGGAGGACGGAAGUAGGCGCCGUAAUCUUAUCAUUUUUGGUGUUCCCGAGCCUGAUCGUGAAAACGCUGCAGUGCUAAGAAAACAGAUAAUUGAGGAGCUGAUAGCGGAAAAACUCGGUGUGGUUGUCAACUCAGUUGAAGGAGUGCAUAGAAUUGGGGGAAAAAACCGCGAUAAAGUACGACCUGUAAUCAUGAACUUUUUUGACUAUAACGAGAAGUUGAAGGUAUUAAAAAAUUGCCAUAAACUAAAGGGAACACCAGUAUCGAUAAACCACGACUUCUGUCAAGGCACUUUAGCAAAGCGCAGCAAACUGUGGUCUCGUUCUGGGGAGUUUAAAGCUCGAGGUCAUAAAGUGUCUCUUGAUUACGAUAAGCUGCGAGUGAACGAGGAUGUGUAUGAAUGGGACGAGGAGAAUGAUUGUCUAAAAUGUAUUCGCUCUCAAGUACAACGAAGCAGA